UCCCUAUUGCAUAUGGAAGAGUCGAGAGUCAAAAUCGAGCCUAUUCAAACUGGGAUUUAAAUCAACAGGCGUGAAGAACUCGAUGGACUAAAUUACACAAUCGCUUCAAAGGCGCGGAUCCUGUCAGAUGAACGAGAGUGUUGUAACGUUAGCGUUCACAACGUUUGGAAACGGCAUUUCAGGGAAUUGUCGGCCAUAUUCAGCGAUACCACGCCCGGUGAGGAGACUUUUACACGGGGGCAACACCAUUCAUGCAAACAAUCCCCACCACAAGUUCAUGGACAGCUUUUAACACAGUCUAAAGAGGAACUAUCACUGUAUUGAAGAAAGACAUUCAAUACGGAACACCAAAUAUAAAAACAACGUGCAAUGGAGUUAUUAUUCCAAACGAUCUGUUGCUUUUGUGAAUGAUAUAAAACAGCUCACACCGCUUCACGAUUUCAGUAACGCAUUUUGAAUGUGGUUAGGAUUCUCUCCUCAACGCGCUACAGGGGGACUCUUUCUCUUGCCUCAUCUGAACGAUUGCAUUUGAGUUGGGACUGAUGUUCUUUCAAUGGAAUUGCUGAAAAGCUCGUAAUUGUGAAUUGUUGGGGAGAAUCAUGACGCUGGACUCCAUCAUGGCGUGCUGCCUCAGCGAGGAGGCGAAAGAAGCGCGGCGGAUCAACGAUGAGAUCGAGCGAAAGCUCCGCCGUGACAAGAAAGACGCUCGGCGCGAGCUCAAACUGCUCCUGCUGGGAACUGGUGAGAGUGGGAAAAGCACCUUUAUUAAACAGAUGAGAAUCAUUCAUGGCUCAGGCUAUUCAGAAGAGGACAGGAAAAGCUUUACCAAGCUGGUCUACCAAAACAUCUUCACAUCUUUGCAGUCCAUGAUACGAGCAAUGGAAACUCUCCAGAUCCUUUACAAAUAUGAACAUAAUAAGGCCAAUGCAAACAUUGUCAGAGAAGUAGAUGUAGAGAAGGUCUUCAUGUUGGUCAACCCCUAUGUAGAUGCCAUCAAGAGUUUAUGGAAUGACCCAGGAAUUCAGGAGUGCUAUGAUCGGAGGAGAGAAUACCAGCUCUCGGAUUCCACAAAAUAUUACCUAAAUUCACUAGAUCGCAUCGCGAACCCUUCCUACGUUCCCACCCAGCAAGAUGUGCUCAGGGUGAGAGUGCCCACAACAGGCAUCAUUGAAUACCCCUUCGACCUACACAGUGUCAUAUUCAGGAUGGUGGAUGUUGGGGGACAGCGGUCAGAAAGACGGAAGUGGAUCCACUGCUUUGAAAACGUCACCUCCAUCAUGUUCCUGGUAGCACUCAGUGAAUAUGACCAAGUUCUGGUAGAGUCUGACAAUGAGAAUCGAAUGGAGGAAAGCAAAGCAUUGUUUAGGACGAUAAUAACAUACCCCUGGUUCCAGAAUUCAUCAGUUAUUCUCUUUCUGAACAAGAAAGACAUUUUGGAAGAGAAAAUAAUGUUUUCACAUCUUGUUGAUUACUUUCCUGAAUAUGAUGGAGCCCAGAGAGAUGCUCAAGCCGCACGGGAAUUCAUCCUGAAGAUGUUUGUCGACCUGAAUCCAGACUGCGAAAAAAUCAUUUAUUCUCAUUUCACCUGCGCCACUGACACAGAAAACAUCAGAUUCGUGUUUGCUGCUGUCAAGGACACCAUCUUGCAGCUCACACUGAAGGAAUACAAUCUAGUCUGAACCAGUUUCGGUUUUGUCAUUUUUCUGGCCUGGUUAAAGGACUCAUCAGUCUGCCACUAGAGCCUGCUGUGAGCCAAUAAAGUCUGCUUUAAUUGUAUGAGCAGUCGGUUGUCCCUGUUUCUGCUCCAUGAAAUUGGACAUACAAGUUAUUUCUAAGAACUGUAAAACAAGUUAUUCACGACUUUUUUCAUUAUUUAUUUGCACCUCGCAGCUACUUCACAGGAUUCAACUUGAAUGUUAUUAUUCCAUUUUAAUGAAAAAUGUUGUUAUUGUUAAUGCUUUUUAUUACAGAUGAAAUGAUUUCCUCUUGUUUAAGGUUUAUUCUGUAGCAGGUUCUUUUUGGUUUAAGUUGUACCCGUUGUGCAAUUUGCUAUAAAUGUUAUGUAGAUUUUUCCGUCUUGGACAUAUUAAGUAUUAUGUGGGGCAAGUGGUCAUUAGAAGGCAAUGAAAUGUACUUAUUUGGAUUUGUAACACAGUAGUUUCUUUUUAAGAGUUAGAGCAAGCUUAGUAUAUAAGGGUCUUUUCUACCUUUCACGGCUCAUGCAUUGGUAAAGAAUAGACAACAGCUAGGUUACAUUAACAUUUACAUUAAAAGUGCCAAAGUUCCUCUAAUGUGGUAGUUUUAUGUAUUGCCAAACUAAUAAUCAUACCACAGGCAAUAAGUUAGACUUGCCAGUAUCAUUUAUUUUUAUACCAUAUCAGUUCUUUGUAUUUUCUCAUUGCACUUCUCAGAAUAGAUGAUGACAUACUGUUCAUGAUCUCAUCCAUUAAGUUCAUCAGUGUUCCAUAACAAAGCUUGAACAAUGUGCUAAGAGAGACGAUUCCUGUGCAAUCAUCCUUAUCUUAAACUACAAAUGUGCCAUUCAGAUUUUCUGUAGCACUUGCAUACGUUUAGAAUUUUUUGUGUGUGAUAAAUUACCCAACAAGUGUUCUCAGUGAGCCAAUGAUGCUCUUACUGGUAUUGUAUUGACUGUACAGUGUGGUUAGUGUGGUGUAAUCAAGCUUAGGCCGAUAUGUGCAGUUGUUUUUAAAGACAAUGCGGAUUUGUAAAGAGUAUCAUGUGAUUAGAUGCUUCAGCCAAGAGUAAAGGACCAAAUUGCUGUUGU